AUGGCGCCCAUGAGCCAGCCGAUGAGCCAGCCCAUUACCGAAGAGGGGCCCACAGUCGCUAUCUUCAACGUGGCGAUGAUCGGGCACGUGAAUCCGACCUUCGCGCUGAUCCAGGAGCUCCGCAAACGCAACUGCAAGGUCCACUACUUCCUGCCUCCGGUUUCUUCCAUCCGCGCCGCCGCCGUCGAGUCUGGGGCGGUCUGCGAAGGCUACCUCCCAGAGGACCCAGCAGACUUUGUCAUGGAGAAAUGCGGCAUUGACGAGCCGAUGUACCAGCCCGCGCAGGAGAUCCUCGAGGAGGAUCGCGCUUUGUACGAGAGAGCCGUCUGGCCCCUGGCCACAGUCCUUCGUUGCGGCGAGCAUGUGGUAGCCCGCUGCCGCCAGCUGGGCGUCAGCGUGGUCCUCUACGACCCCUUCGAGCCCAUGGGCCUCGUUGCUGCCUCCAACCUGGGGAUUCCAUGCGCCUCCUUGGUCACCUAUCCCGGCAUGGGAAGUCUCUCCGACCUGAUGUGCACGCUGGAGGCCAAGGGCCGGCUGGCCUAUGCCGCAAGCAUCCGCGAGCCCUACGCCAAGGCCAUCCAAGACAAGUUUGGUGUGGACCUGUCUUGCCACUUCCUGACCCGGCGGCAGUUCUACGCAAAGACGAAUUUCGUCACCACAUGCGAAGACCUUGUGGCCGAGCUGCCACCGCCAGGACAGCAUGAGUGGGCCGACGAGCUGCGCCGUGAGUUCAGCUUCACCGCAGUCGGCUGCCUGGUCAGCGGCAGUGCGCCGCACGUCAUCAGCGCCCGGUCCGACAGCUUCAUCCCGCGUGUCAAGAGCUUCGGCCACGCCUUACCCGUGCUGGAGCUCUCGGCAGGGCUGGCCAAGGGACGGAAGAUCAUCUACGCCGCCCUCGGCACUAUGGCUCUCUCAGAUCGGUGGAGCAUCGACCUGGGACACCUCAGCGGCUACAACCUUCCCAUUGGCACCACUGGCAAGGCCUUUUGCCAGCACGUGUGGAAAGCCCUCCUGGCUGCAUUGAAGGACCUGGGCGACGAGUACUUUUGCGUUCUCUCCGUGGGCAAGCAGCCUGAUGCACUCGACUUUUUGGGCAGCAGCGAUGAAGAGAUCUUCGACCAGGUGCCUUCCAACGUGCUGAUCCGGGGCUUCGUGCCGCAGGUGGAGAUGCUAAACAACUACACCUCCGCGUUCAUCUCUCACGUCGGCUUCAACAGCCUCCAGGAGAGCCUGAUGGCCGGCGUGCCGCUGGUGGCGAUCCCCCAA